AUGCAGCGUUUCCUCAUGUUUAUCUACGGCGGGUCGAGGCUGAAACCGGUUCUGACUGGUCCCAGUAAAGCUUAUCUGAGAUCUCAGGUCCAGUUUCACUGCGAGGUCCCAGGCUGGGCUUCACCUCUGACCUUCGAACUCAGAAAGGACACAGGGGAUCUUAUUAGUGCAGAAAACAACAUCAAGGUCACCUUCCAGCUGCAGGUCACUGAGGGGUCAGAGGGCAAGUACUACUGCGGGGUCACUGGAGGUCAAACCAGCAACAGCAUCCGUCUCCAUGUCGUGAACGUUCACCUGCGCUGUCUCGUCAGGAAGGGGACGCAUCUGUCCUUCACAUGGGAUCAUGACCAGCAAGAGGUCAACGCCUCGUCACAACACUAUCGGCUCUCAGGAGACGCUCUCACGGUGGACGCCGCGAGUGAACGGCAUGCUGGGACAUACUCGUGCACAGCUCAAAACAUAAUGGAGGUCAACCCGAGAUUCUCCAGCAGCCAAAACCUCCGUGUCACCGUGAAACAGAACAUCUCGACGCUCAAGUUGUCAUUUGUGGUCUUCUUGAAUGGCUCGAGCCUGAUGGCCAACGUUAGCUGCCGUUUGGCACGUGGGUCUCCGCCUGUGACAUUCAGCUUACUGGUGAACGGACAGGAAGUGGAUGUGAAACGUGUGGAUUCGCUGGAGUUCUGGUCCGUUCGGCCCGUCUCUCUCGGUCUGGAUAUGGGCCUGGCUCAAUGUAAAGCUCAGGCAGAAACACAGCAGCUUCUGUCUGAUCCUGUGCAUUUACACGUGGUUCCAGUAGGUGGUGCUGUGCGAGUGAUGGUAAAAUACCUCUAUGAUGUCGAUGCAGUGGUGACAGCGGCUCGGCUCACAUGCUUCCCCGAUAGAGGAACGUUUCCCGCGUUCUCCUGGUCUCUGAACCAUUCCUCCCUUCCACCAGGGGGCAACGCUCACAUGGAGAUGCAGAACGGGCAGAUCUUAUUCCUCACGGACAUCAGCUCUGGUAAUUACCGCUGCAGGGCGAGGGACAGCUUCAACGACAGCUCGAUCUGGGUGGAGAGUGAGGACGUCUUCAUACAGAAGACAGAUUUGUCAGCGACGCCCAUGGAGGUCAUUGCGUUAGUUUUCUGUGGUUUCCUAUCAAUGGUGAUCGUAGGAGCCUCAUGUUUUCUGUUCUGGAGCACCAAGCGCAGAAACAACUCCUGCAAACAUGGCAUUAAACAUGAGAUCCAGUCUGAUGCGAUGCCCAGAAUGAACUUUCCAGCUGAAGUUUCAUUUAAACCUCAAACUGUGGAAAUGAAAACAUUCAUCGUGAAUUUUGCGGACUAAACCAGACCAGACAAGACCUGCUCCAAACACACUAUAGUGAUCCUGCAGACCUUGAUUCGCUGGUUCAGAUGUAUUUAAUUAUGGUUGGAGCUAAACUUUUUGUUGUAAAUGUGCCGUAUCUUUAAGAUUGUAAGGCUUUUAUAUACCAAGUAAAUGUUUAAUUUA